AUGAAUAAAAGAAUUUAGAAAGAAACUAAAAGUUUUAUAAAAACCCUCAAAUCCAUACUUGAAGUAUAUGCAUCAAUAAUUUACUAUUUAGAAAGAGGAGUACUCUUCUAUCAUCUAAUAUACUUAAGAAAAUGAUGGUUUUAUUAUUUUAGAUUAAACAUCUUUAGAAAAAAUUAUAUUGCCUAGACAUUAUAAAAUCAAAAAUUUUGAUAGUUUUAGAAGGUAUUCAAAAUAUACAAUUAGAUCUUUAAAUAUUUAUGGCUUUUAAGCCAAAAAAAAUAAAAAUGGAAAAAAGUUCUAUUUUAAUAAGGAUAGCAAUUUUAGUAAUGAAACUUUUAUCAAAAGAGUACCUAAAAAAUUCAUUCAAGAUAAUCUUGAUCUUUUAGAUUAAACUAAUUUAUAACUAUAUCUUUAGCUUAUGGAAGUUAAAUAAUAGUAGGACUCUAUAUAGUUACAAAUAUAAAAAGUACUCUAAUUAUAACAUUUAAUUUCAAAUCAAAUGAAAACCUUAUUAAUAGUAUUAAUUGUAAAUUAAUUUAAGCGCUAUUCAAAAGGAGCAAUUUAUGAAAUGGCUUUAGUGUAAUAAUUUCCAAAAUGCUUUUAUUUGUUCUUUCAAUCCUUACAAAACUAAUAAUAUAGUAAAUUAAAUUUAACAAUUAGAAAAACAUAUAAGAAAAUCAAUUGAGUUGGCUACUAAAUAAAUUCAUAAGGUUUAAAAUCCUGAUAUUGGAUUAUAGAACACUAAUAAUAUCUGUUAAUUACUAUGUAAACACUUAUAAUAAUUUUAAUUAAAUUUAUCUUUUAAUAUUUCACUAUUUCUAAAUAAUUUAGAUAGACCAGAAGAAAUUGAAUAUUCUUUAAACGAAAAUGAAAGCAAUUUUAGCAACUAUUUUUGUUUAAAUUCAAAAUAAUACAAUUCACAAGCGUGA